CGUGCCAAGCAACACGAACAUGAUCAAAAUGGCGCUGUCCAGUGGCAGGAGUGUUUGCAUGUCUGUGCUACGGACUUUUCGCACGUUCGGCGGCGUCACUUCGUGGUCAGCGACUCGCGGUUUGCGUUCGAAUGCGAUGCGCCUGAAGCCUGUGGCUAGCGUCGCCGCAACGUCGCCCGAGCCCGCGCACCGGUUGCCCGUCGUCGAAGGUAGCGUGGUCUCGUCGGACGAUAUUGAAGAGACGCGGCGCGUGCUGGAGAGCGUCAACGCGCAGGUCGCCGGCAACACGACGGGCCGCCUGUUCGCCAUCGUCUUCAUCCACGGCACGCAGUUCAAGGUGACUGCGGAAGACCUGGUGCUCGUUCACGCAGACAUGCCGGUCGACAUCGGGGACUCGCUGCGCCUCGAGAAGGUGCUGAUGGUCGGUGCCCGCGACUUCACACUACUGGGUCGGCCUCUACUAGACCGUGGCCUGGUCCGUGUUGACGCCACUGUCGUAGAGAAGACGCUCUCCCAAACCAAGCGAAACUUCAUCUGCAUAAGGCGGAGCCGUUACGAGAGGCACUACUUCUACCGGUUCUCGUACACCAUACUGCGCAUCAACUCUAUUGAGUUGCUGCGGGAUGUCAAUGCGCCAGCAGAGGGCCAGGACAGCUCCCGAUCGCGCCUAGCAUACUGAACAGGGCAUAUCCUUAGACUGGCACACGUGCGCUGAAUACUUUGAAGCACCAUGUGAGAAAAGGCAUUAGUGAAUAAAGAAAGUUAGUCAGGUCCCUUCCUCGCAAAUGCCUUGGUGCUAAAAAAAAAUGAGCAAAAUAUUACACAAGAAUUUGUCACUUGUUUGACUUCUUUAUUUCAAUAAACUCUUCAAGCCCAGUGUCACGAUUUUAUUAGAUGCAAAUUCUGGGCUUCUAAACGAGAAGGCACUGUUUAAGCGAGAGAAAGUCAGAUUCUCGUAGUGUGUCACCAUUUCUUGUUGAGGAAAUGAAGCUUCAUGUAAAGAGUUUUACAAAGUAUCCGUGCAGGAUUGUGAACUGUAAUAUUCACUUCGCCUUCAUGUGACCCACAGAAAAGAAUUAUUAGAUUUUACGGGAAAUAUUAGAACAUGUUGUAAAGGUGGGGUACCUGCUGCUGAGCAUCAGGUAUAGGGUUCGAGUCCCUGUUUCAUUUUCUGCAUUUCGAUGGGAGCUGCAUGAAAAAAAUUCUAAUCUACUGUGCUUUGGGUGUAUGUAACAAAAAACCCAGUUGGCCAAAAUGAAUCUAGAGUUCACCACUCCACUAUUCCUUAGUUCAUUGAGAAUCUUCAGAAAAUUAAACCUUACACUUAUUUUUUAAAGUAGUGUGUGGGUGAAUGCGUAAAUAUAAAAAUUCAGGCAAAUUCAUUGCACAAGUAUGGAAUGCGUGAUGCAAAACUUCAACAAUUUUUAUACAGCAUUGCAUGAGUGCUGACAGGGGCUUGGGACCAUGUCUGGUUGAUAUGCUGUCUUUAGUCCCAAAGUCCUGGACAGUGGCUUUCCUAGAUAAAUCAAAAUUCUGAAAAAAAAACUACUGCAGCAAAAAAAGAAAGGAUAAGAAUUAGCAGAUAAGAGCUUGUGCUGAUUUAAUUUCACUCCUUGCUUGACCUCACAUGAUUAAUGCAAUUGCACAACUAUUGUGCAGGUCGGUGUGCAUCUAAAAGGACGUGUGAUACUUUGCAUAAAUUUUUUUUCCUACUGCAUCCUGUCCCUUUCAAUCUCUUCACUUACAUUGGCAUACAGCGGUCCUUAAAAAGCUUUUGAAUAUCAACAUGGCAUUUUCAAAGCCUUCAAAGCUCUUAAACUUUAGGGUAGUGUUCAAAAUUUUUCAUUUUUUACUAAGCUUAGAAGAUUUUCUUUCGGUGAGUUGAAACAAAAAGUAUGUGCAAGCUGAUAUUGAGACCAACUAAUGCUGGUUAACAUCCUUGCAGAGGCAGUUCGUGGCUUUUUUUGAGUAUACCCGUCUAAUCUGUGUACAGUAAAAAGUCUUCUCAAUGACUAAUAGCCGAUGUAUUGAUUUGAAACUUAAGUAUCCAUGAACAUUCUUUGUCACAGCUUGGAAGCUCUUAAAUAUCCCUGUAUUUUCUCCAUAAACUGCUGCAAACCCUUGUCAGCUGUUGCUUGUUCAGUGUCCUCUUGUCACAGCUUCUGUAAAAAAGAGCAAGUGGCUUAUCUGUUAACUUCAUCCACUGUAAGUCUUGAGAUAAAUUGCGAAUGGUAUUUGCAGAGAUUCUUGCUACAUACCACUGCCCAAUCUUCCCUCUUCUUAGUUGCAUGUUAAAGUUGAAUAGGCUGCUGCAAUCUAAAAAUAAAGAAAACCAUUCUUAUAGUUGAAAAAAAGAAUUGUCAACCUGUGCACCUUAGUAUUGCUGAAAUGUGUGUGUGCAUUGUGUCAUCCAAGAAUUGCAAGCAAAGCACAGAAUGUGUUGCGCACAUUACAGGACUAUUUGAAAGCUUCAGGAAUAAUUGAUGUUUACUACCAAGCAAGUGUGCAUGUUCUUGUGUGUUGUACUUGUAGUUGAUGUAAAUAUUGGUGUUUGAUUAAACUACAAACCUAGCCUGCU